GUCGAUGCAAUGUUGGAAAAAACUGGUUUGGCGUAACUUUGUUGCUACGCUUUUUAUUCUUCGUUAUUUCGUCUUUUGUAAGCUCUUGUCGCGUCACGUUAACGUGAAUUCAAAUCACUCAGACGCUAUGUCAAAAAAAAGCGUUUUAACAGUUAGCUCAGGUGGUAAACGACAACCGUGUGUUUGCAUGCGAAAUGUAAAAGGCUUUAGUGGUAUGCCAGGGGGACAGUUUUAUCGUAACUUUGCAAUUCCCACGGCGGUUGUUGCUCGCUACAAAGGCAGUCUCAUCACUUUGUUGUGGUUAAGUCGAACUGCACAAUGGCCGCACAUUCGCCGAUUAAACUGCUACUAAGAAGUGCUACCUCAAGCUUUGUAUUGGUGCAUUUGUCAGUUAAUGUGUUUUAAUAUCGCCUCUAGCGCUAGCUGUGUCUUGAGCAAGUUCACAAUCACAACUAUUGUGUGGGCAGAAACCUGAAAGAAAACAUGGAUUCAGUGGAUAUUUGCGCAACUACCUCCAGAGGAGAUAAUAAACCGCGAGAUAAUAAACGGCACGUCAACAACAAGAAUAGAGAUUGGCACAAACGGCUCCACCUCAGGAAAACUGCCGCUCAGCCUCCAACUAUGCAAAGGGAUGAUAAGAAUGGACCAAAGAAGAUAGCAGAGUGGGAGCAAAGCACAGUGUGGCCUUCAUCAAAGAACCCCCCCCAGAAAGCACAGCAGGCUCAGACAAAUGACAGCGGAAAUACACUCAGGUUCACAUGCUCUCAAUGUAGGGACAACUCGGAAUAUGUUCCCAAAGACUUAGUGAAACACUUUGAGGAAAACCACACGGGGAGCCCACCAGUUUUUUCCUGUCAUACGUGUACUUUCAGUACACAUGUGUUCUCCUACCUUCAGGUUCAUCUAUUAAGCCACAAGGACACUUUUUCUAGUUGCAGCAUUUGCAAUGACAACGUUCAGCGCACGUGGCCUGAAUUCAGUGCACAUCUGACUAUGUAUCACCACCAAAAUGGCAAAUAUUCAUGUGAAAUGUGUCAGAAAUUCUCCACAGGUGACGUUAGAGUAUUUUUAGAGCACAUGUAUGCACAUAAUUUGGGCCUGGAGGGAGUUAAGGACCUAUCGCUGCAUACAAAGGACAAGAAUAAGUUUGGGCCUAAAAAAACUGAUCAAACUUUACGUUGUCAGCACUGUGGCUAUGAGGCAUCUCAGAAAGGGUUGAUUACUAAGCACGUUAAAGCUGUCCAUGUUUGCCAGAAUGGUAAUCAGAGGAAGAAGAAGAAGGAGGGGGAUGAGGUUUGUUCCAUAGAAAUGAAACCAAAUGACCCAAUCCCAAAAAUCAAGCCUAGGUUAACAAGAAGUGCAGUUAGGGAAAUGUGCUGGCUGACGCAGGACUGCCUUUCUCUCCCAGGGAGGGAGUUCCUGGAUAAAUACUGCCAUCUAUCAGAUCCACAAACUACACUAGAGGAGACGCAGCAGUUUUUGAUGAAAUCUGUUGCCGGGGAAAACGGUGACCAGAAAUGGACCAAGGCUCUCAAAACCGUUUGGUCAAAUGUCCCCCAAGAUAUAAAUCUUCACCCAAAGUCAGAGAACGGCAUUGUGUCGGACUCGUCGGAUCUCACCGUGCUGACUGUCAAGAACAAGAUAACCGUGGCUCAGAAUGGCGCUGCUUACGCCAAAAGGUUGAAAACGAUGACAUCAUCAUCAUCAUCAGACAAGGAAACUGAAAGUGCUCCCGAUGACGCUCGUCGUGCAGUUGACCAAAAUGGAUGUCGGUCAGAUUCGAAGGAUCGUACACCUUGUCCACAGACUGACGCCAAACUAAAUAAUGACGUCUCAAUGCCAGCCCAGAGUGAGCCACCUGAGUGCACUCAAAUGCAGGAAAACAGAGAGAAUCAGGAAUUAAAGACUGAUCAGGGAAUUCAGAACAAACCUGUAGAGCCUAUGCACGAGGAUGGGAUUAAUACCUCCAGUGAGGUGAAGUUGACAAAUGAGAGCGAAGAGCAGACAUCUGUUUAUAAAGCUGCACCCAAAAACAAGACGCGAAGACGAAAAAGAAGGGCCAGAUCUAAAAGAGCGGACAAAAGGUCUUCGGGAUUGGCCUUAAAGAUAGUGUUGAAGAAGAAUCCAGUGAAGGUGAAGCAGUGGGUGUCGCAAAGCUCUUUGUCUCCAUCAGUAGGUGGGGUGACGGAUGACCCUCAUGGACCGCCAAGCCCUCACACAGCACAGGAGGAGACGGCGCAGAUUCUCCCCAACCCGCUGCUAACAGAAGAACCCCCGAAGAAGUGGACCAAAGCACCUGAGACUGAUCUGGAUGGUCCCUCUGAAGCCAUGACUGUAAGUCCACAACCAAAGCCAGGGGUAGACCUAACCCCCGGUUGUGUUGCAAAGCCAACAGCGUCUAAAAAUAUGGACGGAAGCAGGCCCGGUGUGUCACCAACGCAUCAGAAAAUGCAAAAUGACGCAGAGAAGUCCCUCUUGGAAGCAGAAGUCGACGAGAGCGCUUCAGCUUGUAAGACGGGCCGGUCAAAUUCGACGGCUGCAGCUGAGACUGAAGUACAGAACGGCCCCGAGAACGCAAAGCUCCAAACAUCAGACAGUUAUCUGUCGGGCGAUGAGAUGGCUGCUGAUGGAGCGACAACUCAGAGCAGUUGCACCAAGUCUUCCCCUGCCUCCCACCCUGUUAUUACAGCAAAGGAUAAGCUGAACUCUACAGAUCUGAGCCUUGGUCUGUCUUCAGAGCCCAGCAAUGAGGUUGUUGAGGGGCUGGGAGGCAGAGAGGUGCCCGCUGACUCCUGCCCAGAUCUCCUCAGCAACAUCCGACCGGAGCCCUCGCCGGCCUCCGGGCAUCGGUGGCAGACGCUCUCAAAGAACCUGGAGAGGACCCUGAAGUUGGUAGCCAUGAAUCCCUCUCAGUUGGUAAAGCGGCCAGCGGGGGACCAGCCUGUUGUGGUGCUAAAUCAUCCCGACGCCGACAUCCCCGCGGUGGCCAGGAUCAUGGAGGUCAUCAACAGGUACAGAGGAGAGGUGCAGAAGGUCGUACUGUCGCGGCAGACCGUGAACGCGCUCGCAGCCAUGGACGACGAGGCCCCCGAGGCCCCCGAGGCCAACGAGCCGACGGAGGCCCAGCCCGACUCUGCGGGCCACGCCAAAAACUCAGUGCAGGAGCGAUUCAUGUUGAAAUUGAAACUCCGUAGGUUGAGCAGGAGAAAGUACGAAGUAGUCGGCGCAGUCUCUCCCGGCAGGGAUGUCGCGACCAAGUUCCGCUGCUGGUUUUGCGGCAGGCUCUUCGCAAGUCAGGAAAUGUGGACGGCCCAUCGGCAGCGCCAUCUGAUGGAGUGGAAAAGGCCAAACUGUGAAAAACUCUUAACUGUCGCGCACACUGGAUGAGAAAACCAAAAACUAGUCUGGAAAACGCUGACUUUGCAAUAUAACAAUAAUGGAAACGGUGAUAGCCAGUCUCAAAUUCAUUUUUUUUUUAAAGUCUUAAUUAUGAUGGGUCGGUUAUGGGAGAAUCAAAUGAUUACUACACCUCCUGGAGGGUUCACAUUCUCAGGGUAAACUUUUACCUGGCGUCUCUCUCCCAGUCGGAGUAGCUUGAUACAAAGUAUUUGUACAUUAGGGGUUUAUUUGUAAAGCCACACAGACACGGUGUGGAUAAUUUAGUUCUUUGUAUUGUUUGGUAUUUUGUGUACGCUUUAUAAUAGCUUUAUUUAAGGUAAUUUUAGUACACUGUCUCAUAGAUUCUUUUAUAUAACACUGUAAUAUGUAUAUUUGCCAUACUAUCUGAAUCAGUUUAUGUACGGGUAGGCUCUACAGUGUGGUAGCUAUCAUAUUUAUGUUUUUGGAAUGGGACGCAGAGAUAUACCAAAACUGUGUUUAAAGAAGAAGAAAAAAAAAAAAGACAAUAAGCUGUUUUAUUCUACAUUUAUUUAUGACUCACAGGUUUAGCCUUUGUUUUUCUUUGAUUUUAUUUUUGGGCCAUUAAAAGAAUCUGUGUAUUUGUAAAAAUUUUGUAUAAAAUCCAAAUUAUGUUCAAAUAAUAUUAACUGUAAAAGGGGGGGUAUAUUUUCAUGCAUUUACGUAGUGAAAGCAAAUGUUCCUAAAGACACACUUAAUUAAAAAAGAAAAGAAGUAAACCUGUGUUUGGUGAUGUAAAUUAAAAAUUACUAGCAAAAUCUUUUUAAAAUCUGGACACAAGGCGUGGACGAUUUGAUCAUGCUCCCCCCCCCCCCCCCCCUCCUCUUUUGACUUGAAACAAUCGUAUCUUUUUAAUUGCACUAUGAAAGGAGGAUUUAUAUUUCCCAUUACCUCACCUUUAUCAGGCGUAAGCUUUUGACAAUCUCAAGCAGUCUUACUGUGGCUCAGCAUUGAUCCCUCAGUAUUCCCAGCUAGGGAACAGUGGCUCCUGUUUCUGUGCGUUUGUUAGUCAAAGACCAUUACACAGGUGCACCUCUCCUGUAUGUACUGAUGUUGUGCAUGGAUCCCUGUUUCUGGAACGCACACUUCAGUGUCACUCACUUUUUUUUUUUCUUUCUUCCAAUUUAGAAUAAGAUUUAUAAUUGUGUAUAGUCCAGAUAGAGGGACUGUAAGCAUAUUACCUGAGAGUUUUCACCAAGUGCCUAUAGGAAUUCUUUUUAUGCAACAAAUGUGCAUGAGUUUGAUAGCAUAACUUGUUGACCGGACAAUAAAUGAACCAGUUUUGUCACUCCCUGGUGGCAUUUUUGUAAGAUGUGAGCUAAAGUAUAGAACACAAGAAAAGAGUUUUAUUAAAACAAAAAUAUACAACCUUUGUAUUUCUUUCUUUGUGGCUCCCCCAAAGUAUUUGCUGUCACAAACAAAUUAUUUGUCUACUUGCAUUUGUCAUCUACAGCAACAUUGUGUCAUUCCUUGCAUUCAUUUAAAUACACUGUUUACCGACUGAGCAUUAAAAAAAAAAAAAAUCUAAAUAAAACCUGAGUU